GAUUCAUAACAUAGUGAAUACAAAAAUGAUAUAAUGUAAUAAAAUUAAUUACACAAUAAUCAGAGUGAAUCAGAGCGUUUAAAAUAAAAAUAUAUAUUUGAAUUAAAUCACGAAAAAUAAUAAAUAGUAUUUGUAAAUAAUGGAUGAAGCAGAAAAAGAUUUGAAAAAGAAGAAAAAAAGAAAAUUAUGAAGAGAGAAAUGAAAAAGAAAAAUAAAACCACAGAUCCCAGGGAUAUUUUCUCAGACUUUUCUUUUGUUCAAAUACCUUACGGCCUGCAUUUCAAUAACAUCAAAAUAACAGAUGAAGUAUUGCAAACCUCUGCACAUUACAAACUCUCAUAUGAUGAAUUUCUACCUCCUGAAUGUUUCCUUAAUCAAUCAGAGUGCGAUUCAUCUGAUUUGGAUUUAUUAAGAAGCAAAUUUUUAGAAAAUAAUAGCUAUACUUAUACAUAUAAACAAAAAUAUAGAAAAUUUGCACUUGUGCGUGUUCAACAAUCAUUAUUGGAAAAAGCAGAACAUGAGCAAUGUUUGAGAGGACUCGAAAUCAUUACAUCUGGCUGUAAACCAACUUUGGAGGAAAAAACAGAUGUUUCAGUAUUUAUGAACUCAGAGAAGAAACGAUUUUCUGAGUAUUCAAAAUUUUCACAAUAUGUUGAAAAUAUAUGGAACAGGAAAAACAAAGAAAGAUUGAUUUAUAUUCAGCCUGAUUUGAAGAAUUUUAUUAAACUUUAUUGGAGAUGGCAACAAAAUCGUGUUUCUAAUUAUCCCAAAAAUUAUAAGGUCAUGACUAUGCUUCCCCUAGAAAAUAAUUUAAAAAGUCAACAGAAAACUUGUAUUGAUAUUUUUCCAGAAAAUAUAGUCCAUCAAUAUGGAAAGUCGAUGCUUUUAGAUAUUAAUGAAUUUAAUUCUUGUUCUAAAUGUAUAAAUGAUUGCAACACCUUGGAAUCAAAAGCAAUAAAAAGUAGAAGUGACAAGACAAAAGUAUCAGUGAGUGAAGAUGAAGUCUGUAUCGAUAUGGCAAUAAAAUACAAUGCUAAUAUUGUGAUAUCAUCAAGUGGUUUAAAAUGUUUAUUAGAUAAUCAUCCACCAAAAUAUUGCAGGGAAUGGAUCAUACCAAUAGUUAUUAAGGAGUUCGAUGUUG